CAUUUUUCACUUUGACAGAUGUCAAACUGCCGGUUUAAUAAUUAACCACAAUAUUUCCAUUCUAGUAUAUUGCACAAUAUUGUUAGUUCGAAAAAUUUCAAACAAGAAACUCCAAAAUGGUUGUGAGACAAUACAACCAAGAACUAGAAUACCUAGAAAAAAUCAACUCUUACUGCUGGCGGAUCAAGAAGGGUUUCCAGCCUAACAUGAACGUAGAGGGUGUCUUCUACGUCAACCAGACCCUCGAAAAACUGAUGUUAGAUGAACUUCGCAACGCUUGUCGGCCCGGUAUGGUAGGGGGCUUCCUUCCCGGCGUUAAACAAAUUGCCAACGUGGCUGCUUUACCGGGAAUUGUUGGCAAGUCCGUUGGCCUACCAGAUGUCCACUCUGGUUAUGGUUUUGCCAUUGGAAACAUGGCAGCUUUUGAUAUUAAUGACCCACAAUCAAUUGUCUCCCCUGGAGGUGUCGGUUUUGACAUUAAUUGUGGUGUGAGACUUCUGCGGACCAAUUUGUUUGAGAAGGAUGUCCUCCCCGUGAAGGAACAAUUGGCGCAAAGUUUGUUUGAUCAUAUCCCCGUGGGAGUGGGUUCCAAGGGGAUAAUUCCUAUGAAUGCGAAAGAUUUGGAGGAAGCGCUUGAAAUGGGGAUGGAUUGGUCGUUGCGUGAGGGGUACAUUUGGGCAGAGGAUAAAGAGCAUUGUGAAGAGUAUGGAAGGAUGUUGAAUGCUGAUCCUGCAAAAGUUAGCAUGCGGGCGAAAAAGCGGGGACUACCACAGUUGGGUACACUAGGUGCUGGCAACCACUACGCCGAAAUCCAAGUCGUCGACGAAAUCUUCGACAAAUGGGCGGCUUGCAAAAUGGGUAUAGAAGAAAAGGGCCAAAUUUGUGUCAUGAUUCAUUCUGGAAGUCGCGGUUUUGGUCAUCAAGUCGCCACCGAUGCUCUCGUUCAAAUGGAAAAAGCAAUGAAAAGAGACAAAAUUGAAACAAACGAUCGACAGCUAGCAUGCGCUCGUAUUAAUAGCGAAGAAGGCCAAGAUUACUUGAAGUCAAUGGCGGCUGCAGCCAACUUCGCAUGGGUCAAUCGAAGCUCGAUGACCUUCUUGAGUAGGCAAGCUUUCGCCAAACAAUUUAAUAUGGCUCCUGAUGACCUCGAUAUGCAUGUGAUUUAUGAUGUGUCGCACAAUAUAGCUAAAGUUGAAGAACAUAUUGUUGAUGGGAAGCCAAAGACGCUUCUAGUGCACAGGAAAGGGUCCACUAGAGCUUUCCCUCCUCAUCACCCUUUGAUUCCGGUUGAUUAUCAGUUGACAGGUCAGCCGGUUUUAAUUGGGGGUACUAUGGGUACUUGUAGCUAUGUUUUAACCGGAACUCAACAGGGGAUGUUGGAAACUUUUGGAUCCACUUGUCAUGGGGCGGGUCGAGCGCUGUCUAGAGCGAAGUCGCGCAGAAACCUCGACUAUACAGACGUAUUGAACAAAUUAGAACAGAUGGGUAUUUCCAUUAGGGUGGCGUCGCCCAAACUUGUGAUGGAGGAAGCACCAGAAUCAUAUAAGAACGUAACAGACGUUGUAAACACUUGUCAUGCUGCGGGGAUUAGUAAGAAAUGCAUUAAAUUGAGACCCAUUGCUGUUAUUAAAGGCUGAGAUUCUACUAUUUAAGGCUGGUUCGUGAUGAUGGCAAC